AAGAGCUGUCAAAGGACGCCAAGCAUUCGCUUUCAUGCGCUAGUUAUGGUUACAUGACAACUCUCACUAUAUAGACUGCGUUUAAACUGUAUGCUCAGGAUUUCUAGGAAAUUAUUGAUCUAUUUAUCCAGCGGAACUGCGCACAAACCCAUCAGGAGAGCAGCGAUGGAGGAUGGCGCGCAGCCGGUGUUCGCGUUCGGGAUCAUCGCGGACAUACAGUACGCGGAUAUAGAGGACGGUUUAAACUUUCUACGAACGCGCAAACGCUUCUAUAGGAACAGCAUUCAGCUGCUGCGCAACGCAACGCGCCGCUGGGAAGAGCAGCGCGUCAAGUGCGUCCUUCAGCUGGGGGACAUUAUUGAUGGGUUUAAUAAGCGUCAUGACGCUUCAGAACAGGCUCUAGACACAGUUAUCAAGGAGUUUGAAAAGAGCUCGGCGGAUGUACAUCACGUAUGGGGGAAUCACGAGUUUUACAACUUCUGCAGGGAAACUCUACUCGCUUCCUCGCUCAACAGCGCGGCGAAAGCCGGAUGCGGAAGUGACCUCAUGGCUGACGACAUUUACGCGUACGAGUUCAGCCCCGCCCCUGGGUUUCGGUUCGUGGUGUUGGACUCGUAUGACGUCAGCUUGAUCGGGAGAGACGAGAGCAGCGAGAAAUACAAACGAUCAUUGAAACUCCUGCAGGAACACAACGACAACCCUGAUCUCAACCACCCGCCAGUGUUUUAUGGCUUGGAACAAAGGUUUGUGAAAUUUAAUGGCGGAUUCAGCCGAGAGCAGCUGCUGUGGCUCGAUGAAGUCUUAACUCUUGCUGACCAGAAACAGGAGAGAGUAACCGUCUUUAGUCAUCUUCCCGUUCAUCCGAAUGCCACAGACCCCAUCUGUCUGGCGUGGAACUACGAGGCCAUGCUGUCCAUGCUGCGCUCUCAUAAGAGUGUGGUUUGCUUCAUGGCGGGACACGAUCAUGAUGGAGGAUAUUACGUUGAUGAGUCUGGCGUUCACCACAUCACGCUGGAGGGGGUGAUUGAAACACGUCCAGACAGUAAUGCCUUUGGGACAGUUUAUGUCUAUGAGGACCAGAUGGUUCUGAAGGGCAGCGGAAGGAUAUCAGACAAGGUUCUCAAGUAUCCAUGAGUGGAAAGUAUUUAUGAACUGACAGGGGAGAAGAUUAGUGUCAAUGAAGAAUGGAAUGGAAAAUAAUAAACAAGCACUCUUCUGUA